AUGAAUCACCGGAACUCAGUUUCGCCGAGGAUUGGCAAGACUCCAGACUUGAAUUCACCAUCUAUCUCGCAUCCAAAGCCUUUCCAGCAGGCACCUUUGAAUGUGGAGCCUUCCACACUGAUCUCUUUGGCAGCCUCCGUGCUCUUUGCCGUGGCUCUUUGCUUUUGCAGGCCUGGCGUGGCUUUGGCUGGAAGCGAGAACUUAGCGGCCGUGGCGCCCUGUUUGCUGAGCAAGUGCCAGCUACCUUUGGCCAAGUGCAUCCUGAACCCCAGCUGCGCAGCCGACUUGACCUGUGUCAUUGGGUGUGCUGGGCGCCCGGACGAGUCCAGCUGCCAGAUUAACUGCGGCAACUUUCUUGAAAACGAUGCUGUUGUGGAAUUCAACGCUUGCGCGCUGAGUGCCAAGAAGUGUGUCCCGCAGCGGCCUGACAAAGGCCCAGUGCCCGGCGAUGCCUCCUGGGACCCGGUGAAGGGCCGCUAUCCCGUGCCACCCCCUGAAUCGGUCACGGACGACUUUGAAGUUGCCAAGAUGACCGGUCGUUGGUACAUCACGGCCGGUCUCAACCCUUUGUUCGACACGUUCGACUGCCAAGUCCACUUCUUUGAAGGAAUGGCACCAAAAGACAACUCUCCGGGUCGGCUGGUGGGAAAGAUCAAUUGGCGCAUCAAUGAGGUGGACGGCGAGUUCAUCUCAAGGUCUACUGUUCAGAGCUUUGUCCAGACCAAGCCUGGGCUCCUCGAAAACCAUGGGAACGAGUACUUGCACUACCAGGAUGAUUGGUACGUUCUGGAUCACGCUGAUGAAGAUGAUCCGGAGAUGGGCUUUGUACUGAUCUACUACCGGGGGCAGAACGAUGCGUGGGCUGGAUAUGGCGGAGGGACCCUAUACACCCGUGCAAAGACGGUGCCGCCUCAGAUUCUGGACCGUGUCAGAGAAGCGACAGCGAAGGCAAAGGUACCUUUCGACAAAUUCUGGAAGGUCACAGACAACUCCUGCCCUGUCGAGGGGGACCCUAAAAAGCUUCGCGUGCUCUAUGCCGAGCGGCUCGUCCAGCAAGCGGAAAUGAGAGCUGAGGAGCAGUUGACACGCCUGGCAAGGAAAACCAUUUCCAAGGUGGACAAAGAAGAGAAGGAGAUCGCUCAAGCGGCCCAGCGGCUUGAGAAAAUGACGGAGAAAUUCGUCAAAGAAGAGCUGAAGGUGACUGAGAAAGCGAUUGAGGACGAGGAGCUUGC